AGUUCCUAGCGUCGAGCCAACGUUUCUCCCAGGGAACAGGCAUGGAGUGUAGCGAGGAGUUCGGGCUGGGUUUGGAGUUGCUGCGCGGCGCGGGGACGUCCACGUGGUGGGAGGCUCUGGGACAGAACCGACCCGUCACGCCCAGCUUCAACCAGUCCGUCACCUGGUACGACAACAUCACCGAGUUCGUGCAGGACCUGCACAGUUGCCAGACGUACCUGUCAGACUUCACGACAGCCGAAGUGUCUGACCAGAUGACCCACCUGUACCGGACCCUGGCCCUGCAGACCUCACUGUCGGUGGUCGUGGUGCUCUGCUUCUUCGGCGUCGUGUCGCUCGUCCACAAGAUGAUCGUCUGGGUCAAGAACUUCGCCGCCAUGUUGGAGCAAAGGACAGAGGAAUUGCGUAAGGAGAAGAAGCUGACAGACCGCCUUCUGCACGAAAUGUUGCCGCCCAUCAUCGCUGAUCAACUGAAGAAGAGACAGCCGGUAGAAGCAGAGAGCUACGAUCAGGUUACCGUGUUCUUCUCUGACAUCGUGGGGUUCACGAACAUCGCGGCGUCCUGCACCCCCAUGCAGGUGGUGGAGAUCCUCAACUCGCUGUACGUCUGCUUCGACAUCCGCAUACAGCUGUACGACGUGUACAAGGUCGAGACCAUCGGCGACGGGUACAUGGUGGCUAGCGGUGUGCCCGAGCGGAACGGAGACCGCCAUGCCGAACAGAUCGCCAUCAUGGCCCUGGACCUGCUGGUCGCCAUUGAUGAAGUCACCAUCCCGCACUCACCCAACAAGAGGCUGCGCCUGCGCAUCGGCAUACAUACAGGCCCUGCGGUUGCAGCUGUGGUGGGGGUGAAAAUGCCGCGGUACUGUCUGUUCGGCGACACCGUCAACACAGCCUCGCGAAUGGAGUCGUCCAGUCUACCACAGAAAAUCCAAGUGAGUAACGAAACCCACACGGCACUGAGGAAGAAGGACUGUUUCAUGCUGCAGGCAAGAGGAGACGUCGACAUCAAGGGAAAGGGAAAGAUGAAGACGUACUGGCUGAUCGGACACAAGAACCACCGAGAGAUGGACGUGGAGACAAGUCUGGUCUGCUCACACCAGCGGUCAACAAGGUUCCUCGCUAAGGAGUACAGCCUGGACAAGCAGCGCCACUCCGUCCCGAACCUGCACGAUCACUUCGAGCCGCUGUUCUACAGCGACAGUGACCCGAUGUCGUCCCCGGGCAAGUCCAGCUGCCGUGGUGAGAACACGCUCCGGGCGCCGUACAAUAACUUCAUCACGCGCAACGGGAAGGUCUGGCCGUCCUAG